AUGAACCUCGCAGAUCCAUUGUCGAAUUCAAGUCCUUUCCGGUGCACCUGCCUACAUCAGUUUACACAGGAGAGUGCUUAUACCAAGCAUCAAUGCUCAUGCAUGCAAGGCAAGAAGCGGCUGUUUUCUGCCUUAGCUAAGGCAAAAGACCUUCUAGGCACCGCAAAACGGUUUCGAGUGGAUGGUAGUGGCCAAUCGCAUGCUUGCCUUAGCAUGGCGUCUUGCAAUGAGGGAUCCGUUAUGAUUUCCAACAUUGGUUCAAUUUCGUCAGCAGUCCCACAGGAGCUUCCACCCGCAGGUUCUUCAUCGCAAGAAAAUGCAUCCGCAACACCAUCCAACACCAAUUUCAGUGCCGCGCCUAUGAAGAUAGACGAAGACCAAGGUCUAUCACUAGCGCAGCGGAGGAGCCGGUGUGUUGAUGUUCCUAUGUCACUACAUUAUAGGCAGUAUGAGGACGUCCUCCCGCAACCUCCACUGACCAUCCCCUCCGGCUACCCUGCGGAUCCCAACCCACCAGAAACUCCCACUGAUGCGUCCAUCAGUGCUCGUCCAUUGUUUCGAGCCCCUCCUUUCUUCGUGACACUUCAAGAUAUAAGCUCUGUUGCUCCAGCGAAGCCAGACUCCCGCACCGCACCGCACAACCUCGCAUUUCACCCAUACCCCAACCGAUCCUCAUUCGAGCUCGGUAACUGGUACUGGAAUGGUACCAUGCAGAAAUCCCAUCAGGACUUUAAGCAGCUGAUCAAUAUCGUUGGGUGCUCAGAUUUUGAUCCUGACGAUGUGCAAAGUACAUCAUGGGACAGGAUUAACUCGAAAUUAGGUUCGAGUGCUCAUGACGAGGGGGGCGAUGAAUGGGAGGACGAGGAUGCAGGUUGGUGCAAAACAAAAGUGACCAUCCAAGUGCCCUUUUCUCGAACCACAGCCCAGCCGGAUGCUCGACCUUACCUGGUGGUAGAUCUUUACCAUAGAUCUAUUGUUUCUAUCAUUCGAGAAAAGCUCUUGAAUGCUCAUGAUGAUGAACAUUUCCACUAUGAGCCCUAUAAACUAUGA